AUGGCUAACGAACUUCAUGACAACGUCUCCCGCGUCAAAAAGGCCAAUUAUCUAGGCACAAGCAUCUUUGUCGGACUUCGUGCGGCGGACGCAUUUUGGCAAUACGCCCUGCUGAGCCGGUCCUGGGCCGCACAGCUGGUAUGGGGCUUGGGUGGACAGGCUCUACCCUCGGCUGGCCUCGCAAGUCCCUACCACGAGAUAAUUACCUGCAUGGCUUUCGGCAGCAGCUUGAAGCAGAUCGUCACGCAACUUGUCGUGUCCGAGCAGGAAAUGAACCCGUCAUCCGCCAUCACGAUCGCCCUUUUCAACACUGCCUUUAAUACCUUGAAUUCGAUCUUGUCGGUUUGGGCGGUAACUUCCUUCGCCCCACCUUCCGGCAGGCUUCUCGAAACACUCCAAACUCCCAUGAUUGCCCUGGCAGUCGGCGCUUAUUCGGUAGGCAUCUUCAUCGAACAGAUUUCGGAACUUCAGCGCACUUGGUCCAAGAGAAACCCCGCCAACAAAGGCAAGCCGUAUGCUGAUGGCCUCUUCUCCCUGGCCAGGCACAUCAAUUAUGGUGGUUAUACCAUUUGGCGGGCUGCAUAUGCCCCGAUUUCCGGUGGUUACACGUGGGGCUUGCUCGUCUUCACAUUCUUCUUCUCCGACUUUACGCGCCGUGGUGUUCCAGUACUUGACAACUAUCUUUCAGAGACGUACGGAGAAGAGUGGAAUAUCAUCAAACUUCAGGUUCCAUACCGCUUGAUUCCGGGCGUGUAUUAA